UAACUCGCUUAGCAACAGUAAUGUUGAUGCAGCAAUAAAGGUUGUGACAAAAAACUGAUAGCUUAGAUAGUUGAAACGUCUCAAUGUACAUGUAUUACUACCACAAAUUCGGCAACUAUUAACAGUACACAUAUUUAGGAGAUCAGCGUGAAACUAUAGACGCAUAUAAUCAUUACCCCUCAAUAGGAUUGAAUUCAAGUCAUUUGUUAAGAGUAAUUGAGGAAUUACUUGUUUUUUAAAAUGCCUAAUAUUAUAAAUGACAUCAAGCUAGAUUUUAAAGAUGUUUUAUUACGUCCAAAAAGGAGUACGUUAAAAAGCAGAGCCGAAGUCGAUUUAUUUACAGAAAUUACAUUUCGUAAUUCAAAACAAACUUACAAAGGGGUACCUAUAAUCGCCUCAAAUAUGGAUACAGUAGGAACAUUUGAAAUGGCUAAAGCUUUAGCGAAAUUUGGUCUAUUUACUACUGUUCAUAAGUAUUAUUCAGUGCAAGAAUGGAAAGAUUUUGCUACUGAAAAUCCUAAGGAUCUGAAAUAUGUAGCUGCCAGUUCUGGCACAGGAAAGGAAGACUUUGAACGGUUGUCAAAUGUCUUAACAGCUGUACCCGAAUUAUCUUUUAUUUGUUUAGAUGUAGCUAAUGGUUAUUCUCAACAUUUUGUUGAAUAUGUUAGGAAAGUGAGAGCUGAAUUUCCUAAUCACACAAUAAUUGCAGGAAAUGUAGUUACUGGUGAAAUGGUAGAAGAAUUAAUAUUAUCUGGAGCUGAUGUGAUAAAAGUUGGAAUUGGUCCUGGAUCUGUAUGCACUACGCGAAUGAAGACUGGUGUAGGAUAUCCACAAUUAAGUGCUGUAAUUGAAUGUGCAGAUGCAGCUCAUGGCUUAAAAGGACAUAUUAUUUCUGAUGGUGGUUGCACUUGUCCAGGUGAUUUAGCGAAAGCUUUUGGUGCUGGAGCAGAUUUUGUAAUGGCAGGUGGUAUGUUUGCUGGACACGACGAAUGUGGAGGUGAUACAAUAGACAGAAAUGGCAAAAAAUAUAAACUGUUUUAUGGUAUGGCUUCCAACACAGCAAUGAAAAAACAUGCUGGAAUUGCUGAAUAUAGAUCAUCAGAAGGUAAAACGGUGGAAGUGCCUUAUAAAGGUCCAGUGGAAACUACUGUAUUAGAUAUAUUAGGUGGUUUGCGAUCUGCAUGCACAUAUACAGGCGCUGAAAGAUUACGUGAACUACCACGUCGUGCUACAUUUAUACGUUGUACACAACAAUUAAAUCCAAUGUACGGUCCGCCACCAGAAAUCUGAAGUCAUUUUAAUUAUCAAAUCUAUUGUAGUACACAUGUAGGAAAAAUAUUACUGAAUCGAUUAACAAAUGCUAUUAUUUGCUGGCAAAUAAUGUUUAUGUAAAAAUUUAAAAGCUUCAAGUAAUGUAAGUGUACAUACAUUUUGAUGACAAUUUUAAAUUGCACUGAAUUUAGUGAGUUCUAAAGAAAUAACGCUUAAAAGCACAAACAUAUAUUUUAUUUUUAUAUUUAUAUUCUUUUUAUGAGUGAUUCAUACUUGACUGUACAUAAACAUAUAUAUGUCGUUACGCAUAUUCAAUAUACAAAUAGAAUCUGUCAAUAUUAGACUUAAAUAUUCCUAAAUGUAUUUUGUAAAAUGAUUCUAUAAAAUUAGAAAAAUUGUGUUUGAUACACAUGCAUAUAUAACUUUUAUUAAGUUAAUUACAUAUGUACAUAUGUAUAAAGUAAAUUUACGUACAGUGCAUGUGUGUAGUACAAAUUAUUUUAAAUAUAUAUAAUAUAUAUGCCAA